AAUAUAAAUAAAAACAAAAAUCUCUUUUAUAUGUCAAGUAUUUAUAAUCGACUACAUUGUAUGUAGUUAAAGUUAAUCAAGUUCUAAGUAAAGUAAAAUAAUUAAAAGAACUAGUAUUUAUUGUCAAUACAAAAAUGACUGUUAAUGAUCAAGAAAGUGAUCAAGUGAGUGCUACAGAAAAAUUAGAAGAGCAUUACGAUGAAAGUGACGAUAAUUCAUUGGAUGUGAUAUUGAUUCGUAUUGGAGAAUUUGGUCGUUAUCAAAUGUUUAAUUAUGUACUACUCUGUAUUCCCAUGAUAUUUAAUGCAUUUCAAUCAAUAUCUUACGUAUUCACCGCCAGCCCUGUUGUUUACAGAUGUAAUAUUACACAGUGCGACAGUUUAAGUAGUCAAUAUAUGGAGCCUUGGAUUAAUUUUACAAUUCCACUAAAGGAUUCGCAGUAUGACAAUUGUAAUCGUUAUGUAUAUAAUAAGGACAUACGUAAUUACUAUUCAUCGCCUUCUACAGCUGAAUGUGUUGAACUUAAUUUUAACAAAUCGUUGGUCGAAAAGUGUAAUGAUGGAUUCAAAUUUCGUGAUGCAGAAUAUACGGUAGCGAAUGAGUUUGGAUUCUUUUGUUCUGACGAGUGGAAACUAAACAUGGCUGGCACUAUCAACAAUGUGGGACAAUUCAUAGGUAUACCACUAGGAGGCCUACUUGCUGAUAGAUUUGGUCGUCGCACUAUGUUGGCAAUUGCUGGAUUUCUAAGUUCAAUUAUGGGCAUCAUACGAUCGUUUUCAACAAAUUACUAUAUGUUUCUUUCAUUUGAACUACUCGAUAUGGUCGUUGGAAGUACACUAUUUCCUACGGCUUUUUUAUUGGCCAUUGAAUUGGUUGGACCAAAGAAACGUGUGGCAGCAGCAACAAUAAUUACAAUAUUCUACUCAUUAGGUGAAGCAUUGUUGGGUGUUCUAGCAGGAUAGUUUCAAAAUUGGAGAACUCUUUUAAGGGUAUUGUAUAUACCAGCGGCAUUACAAAUAUUUUUCAUUAUCCUUUUGCCCGAAAGUGUACGUUGGCUAUUAAGUCAAGGUAGGGAAAAACAAGCCGUUACAAUACUUAAAAAAGCUGCUCGGAUUAAUCGUAAAAUUUUACCCGAGAGUAGCUUAAAAAGUCUGGUGAACUCCAAUAAAAACAAAUUAGAAACGGCAAAUGAAAGCAAUUACCCCAUAUGGCUGGCAAUUAAAACGUUUUUCUGGAGAAUUUUGAAUUGUUCAUUCUGUUGGUUUACACAUACACUAGUGGCCUUGGGGUUAAGUUUAAAUUCUGUAAAUUUAGGUGGUAAUAAAUACAAUAACUUCAUGCUGAAUGGUCUUGUACAAGUACCCGGUUUAAUACUUCCGCUCUUUAUAAUGAACACAAUCGGACGGCGUUUUUCCUUAUUUGGUUCCAUGUUAAUAUGCGCUUUAUGUAUGGGAGCAGCAAUACUAUUUGGCAAAAAUGGUGACAAUAUUGAACUGAUACUAUUUCUGAUUGGGAAAUUCGCUAUAACUUGUAGUUUUCAAGUAUUAUACUUUUUUACAUCAGAAAUAUUUCCUACAAAUGUACGCAACAGUCUUCUAUCCUUAUGUUCAAUGAUCGGACGAAUUGGAUCUAUGUUGGCUCCCCAAACUCCACUAUUAGCAAAUUACUAUGAGUACGCUCCACAAAUUUUAUUUGCCGCAUUUGCCUUAGUUAGCGGUUGUUUAACAUUAUUAUUUCCAGAAACUGCCAAUAAAUCGCUGCCUACAACAAUGAAUGAAGCUUCUAAUUUAAAAAAUGGUCCAGAUGAAAAACUAGAGUUAAAUGAAAAUUCUUAAAACAUUAAAAAUGAGAAACAUUAUUGUUGUGAUAUUUGUAUUCAUUAUGUAAAGAUUUUGAUUUAAUAAAAUUAGUUUGUAUGUUAA